AUGCUUAAUAGUAGUCAAAAGACUGGUCCCGGGCUGCAUGAUGCUUAUGCCAGACCGCCGGACUCGAUGCGAGAUCUUUUCAAGGCCUGGCGAAAACAUUCAACUUCAUCUCUCACCGCUCCGGACUUGAUCGACACACUUGAGCCAGAUCGCAGCAAAGUUGUAUUGCUUUCGGACGGGGAAAGCUCAAGUAGCAGGAUUCAGGACCUAGAAGACGAGUUCACUUCCUCCGACAGCCCUGGAGAGCAAAUCCAUGAGAUACCCGACAGCAUUUGGACGCCUGGCCAGCCGUUCGAAAUACGUGCCUUGCCUGGCCUCUACGUCUUUCCUUCUCUUUUGACUGCAAGGCUUCAAAUAUCCUUGCUCAACAAACUUCUACACCGUGACCUCUCCAACCCUACGCACCGUACAAACCUCCAUUUGCACUAUGACAUUCCCUAUCCCUCACCAAACCAUGACGCCGAAUCUGAACAUGAGUUCAAUAAUUCUUUCUUCGGCGGGCAACAGCAGACCGCUCUCCAGCCAAAGGAUGCUGCGGUACACAAGCCUAUCACUUACGCGCAGAUGCUCGAAAGCAAAUUGCGAUGGAUGACACUAGGUGGUCAAUAUGACUGGACCAACAAAGUCUAUCCUGAAGAGGUCCCUCCAGCAUUCCCGUCAGAUAUAGGGGCCCUACUGAGGGGACUAUUUCCAGAGGUUUGUGCCCAGGCAGCUAUUGUCAACCUCUACACACCAGGUGACACCCUGAGCGUGCAUCGAGACGUCAGUGAGGAGUGCGACAGAAGCCUUGUUAGCAUCAGCAUCGGUUGCGAUGCAAUCUUUAUCGCCGGUAACGAAGAUGGUAGUCGAUCAACAUCUUUGAGAUUACGGUCCGGCGACGCUAUCUUGAUGUCCGGAUCAUCGAGAUACGCCUGGCACGCGGUUCCGAAGAUACUCCCGGACACUUGUCCCGCAUGGUUGAAAGAUUGGCCGGACAUACCUGAGGGAAGUCAAUGGCGAGAAUGGCACGGAUGGAUGGCCAAGAAGCGGAUCAACCUGAACGUACGCCAGAUGAAAGACGAAGACGACUAA